UUAAAAUUCUUUAAAACUCGCAAUAGCAGUAAAGAAAAGCGUAUGGAAAAAGAACCACCACGUAAGAGGAUUCGCAGUAAAACACUUCAAUCCUCUAGUGUAGACAGUAUAUCUAAUGAGAGGCAAUUCUGGUUAAUGAAGGCAGAACCAGAAUCACGGCUUGUUAAAGGGCAGGAUGUAAAGUUUUCAAUUGAUGAUCUUAAAGAAAUAGAGGUAUCGCCCUGGGAUGGAGUUCGAAACCCAGAAGCUAGUAAGAUAAUGAGGGAGCGAAUGAAAGUUGGGGAUCUUGCAUUUUUCUAUCAUAGUAAUUGUAAAAACCCGGGUAUUGCAGGUAUUAUGGAGAUACAUAAAGAGGGAUAUCCAGAUUAUACUGCAUGGGAUAAAAGUCAUCCAUAUUACGAUAUGAAAUCGAUAAAGGAAAAUCCUAAGUGGUAUAUGGUAGAUGUAAAAUAUAAGAGACAUCUUUCUAGAUUUAUUUCAUUAUAUGAAUUAAAGAAAUAUAAAGAAGGAGCUCUUAAAAAUAUGAUGCUUUUAAGACGACCUCGAUUGAGUGUACAAAGUGUAACAUCAUAUGAAUGGGAUUUUAUUUUAGAACUUGAAAAAGAAGUUACUUAAGGAUCAUUGUAGAUUUAUAAAUGAUGAAGUUUUUUUAGUUAGUUAG